UUUUUUUUUGUGUGUUUUUCUCUUUCGGCCGCGAUCUGCGCCUCCGAAGGGCCGAACGCAGAACAAAGAACACCACGGCUUUCGCCAGAGGUCGCGAGAGUGAAAAGGAGCCCGACGCGGCCUUUGCAUGGCGAGAUCUUCUCUGCAUCGUUCCGCGCUCCCUCUUUGACGUGCUUACGGCGUGUGUCUAGCUUCCGGCGAGUAAUCCUCCUACACGGUGCCGUGGGGCCUACAGCCUUGCCACGAUCCGAAUCGUAGACGUCAGGUGGCGCUCGCUAGCCGGGUGCUUAUGAAAUUACAGAAGCAGAGCCGACCCUCGAGCAUUUCAGCGGGCUCGACGAGCGAAAAAAGGACGUGGAGAGCGUCGCAAGGACAGCGGUUCCAAGACACGACAGCAUUCGAGGGCCUCCAACGUCGCGCCCUCCUAGCAACCGCGUCCUGCGAGCACAGAAGCUGGGCCUCCAGACAAUGCAGUCGUCCACGGCGGUCGAUGACCCGGCAGCGAACAAUGCCAAUGCUGCGCCUUCAACACCGUCCGGCAUCCCCUCGGGCAAACCGAACGAGCUCGCGCCUGAGGAGACGCGCAGCAAAGGCAGGACGGCCUUGAUCAUGAUCGCCUUGUGUAUGGCCGUGUUUUUGGCAGCCAUCGACAUUACUAUUAUCACGACGGCGCUGCCGACCAUCGCGGAGCAUUUCAAGUCCGCUGCUGGUUACACCUGGAUCGGUUCCGGAUACAUGCUGGGUGCUGCAGCCUCGACACCAAUAUGGGGCAAGAUCUCCGACAUCUUUGGACGCAAGCCGAUUCUGUUGAUCGCAAACGUCGUUUUCUUGGCCGGCUCGUUGAUUGCUGCCUUGUCCGUCAGCAUUGGUAUGCUCAUCGUAGCCAGAGUUAUUCAGGGUAUCGGUGGAGGCGGAUUGCUGGUGCUGGUCAGCAUCUGCAUCGGCGACUUGUUCUCCAUGAGAACGCGAGGACAGUAUUACGGCCUUGUUGGUGCCACCUGGGCAGUCGCGAGCGCCACGGGACCUCUCAUCGGCGGCGCGUUCACCGAGGGCGUGACCUGGAGAUGGUGUUUCUACAUCAACCUUCCUCUCGACGGCGUCGCGUUCUUGAUCAUCCUCUUCUUCCUGAAUGAUCUCUAUGUGCCCAACACUCCGGUUAUCGCUGGCCUCAAGGCAAUCGACUGGAUUGGUUCAUUGCUCAUGGUUGGAGGCACACUGAUGUUCUUGCUCGGCCUCCAGUUUGGCGGCGAGUCCUUUCCUUGGGACUCUGCUACGGUCAUCUGCCUCAUCGUAUUCGGAGUCUUUACCAUGGCUAUUUUCUUCGUCAAUGAAUGGAGGCUGGCCAAGUACCCGAUUAUUCCCCUCCACAUCUUCCGCUUCCGCUCAAACCUUGCGUGUCUUGCGGUCUGCUUCUGCCACGGCUUCACCUUUAUCGGAGGAGGAUAUUACCUACCUCUGUUCUUCCAAGCCUGCCUUGGCGCCACACCAAUCCUCUCCGGCGUGUACACGCUUGCCACGGCCCUGUCACUGUCUCUGGCAUCCGUGGCCACAGGUAUCUUUAUUAAAAGCACCGGAAAAUACCUGUAUCCUAUCUUCUUUGGCGCCGGACUCAUGACUCUCGGAUACGGUCUCUUCAUCGACUUCGACGCGCACUCGAGCUGGGCGAAAAUCAUACUCUACCAGAUUGUGGCCGGUCUGGGUGUCGGACCGCUCUUCCAAGCUCCCCUCAUCGCGCUGCAAAGUCUCGUUCCUAAGGGCGAUAUUGCGGCGGCGACGGCAACUUUCAACUUCAUGCGCAACAUUGGCACCGCCAUGUCCGUCGUGAUCGGUGGGGUAGUGUUCCAAAACACCAUCAACUCACGCCAAGGCCAGCUCAUAUCAGCUCUAGGGCCUCAAAUCGCAAAGCAACUCGGCGGAUUCAACGCCGGCGCCAGCGUCGGACUCAUCGACAGCCUCCCAGAUCCCCAGAAAGCAGCCGCCCGAGACAUUUUCGCAGAGUCUCUCCGAGACAUGUGGAUCUUGUACGUCUGCACCGCGGGUCUGGGCCUGCUGACCAGCUUCUUGAUCACGAAGCAAGUUCUGAGUCGACAGCAUGAAACAACGAAGACGGGCUUGGAGGCCGAGGAGGAGAAGAGAAGGGAAAGAGAGGAUAGGCGAAAGAGCAGAAACAAGAAGACAUUUCUUAAUUCGGACACAGAGGGCGGCGAGAGUGAUACGAAGCUUGCCGACAUGCCCGCAGAGGAGAGCAAGCCCACAAACGCGUAGCGAAAAGCAAAGCGACCCCCUUUUGUGUGGAAAAACGCGGACGAGAAACACGCGUGUUGAUGUUCUUGUGAAAUAGUUUCCUGCAUGGCGAUUUUGAGCCGUUUUAUGGUACGCUGCAUGUUGGAUGGGCAUUGGAUCUGCCUUGUCUUCUGAUGACAUAUCUUCUGGCUAUCUAUUCGAAUAUUCAUAGUGAUGAUGCUCCACUUCAUCGUUGUACAAACCAGGAAUCGCAGCUCUUACCCAACCUGUCUCUAUUGCCGAACGCUUGAUGAGUAUCAUCUCAGAGAAAGAAAAUGAGAAUCGUCCAUCUACUUUUCGACGUCGAGUUACCGUGACAGCCGCGCAAAUGGUCACGCCAUCCUUUUGCACGAUCC